GGUAACAGGGGCCAAGAAAACAUCUCUCUCUCUCUCUCUCUCUCUAUCUAGCUCUGACCUCCAACGCUUCAAAGCGCCUGACAGACACGCCGAGCGACACGUGCCAUGGCCACUCGCGAGGGCUGCCACUGUCUGGGCGCCGGGUGGCAAAACAAUAAUAACAGCAUCCUGUACAAUAUACUGAAGAACGACAGCCUCGCGACCACCGAGAAACAACAACAACCAACACCACAACCACAACAACACCAACAGCAUCGCGGGCACAGGGUCCCCUCCUGUGCCUCCCUCUCCUCCUCCUGUUCCUCCUCUUCUUCCUCAUCGUCGCGGCUUGAGCUAAGGCAACAACAGGCAUGCUCGUGCGGCUCCUCACGGCGAAGGGGGUCUCUGCGGUCCCCGCAGGUGACCUGCAAAGCCGCGUCAGCGGUCCUCGUGAAGACUCUGCGGUUCGUGAAGAACGUGCCGUGUUUCCGCGAGCUGCCGGAGGAUGACCAGCUCCUGCUCGUUCGGAACUGCUGGGCGCCGAUGCUCGUGCUGGGCCUCGCGCAGGACCGGGUGGACUUCGAGACCACUGAGACCGCAGAGCCCAGCAUGUUGCAAAGGAUCCUGACCGGUGGCUGUGGCAGCCAGAGCGGCUUAACGGACAGACAGGGCGAACCGCUGCUGGAGCAGUGCGCGGGUACUCCUGGGGUCUCUCUCUCGGAUAUCCAGAACAUCAAAGCGUUCCUGAAGAAGUGUUGGGGUUUGGACAUCAGUACGAAGGAGUAUGCCUACCUCAAAGGAACCGUGCUAUUCAACUCAGAUCUCCCAGGUUUGCGCUACCUCCACUACAUCCAGUCGCUGCGGCACGAGGCUCACCAGGCGCUCAACGAGCACAUGAAGCUGAUCCACCGGGACGACACCACACGCUUCGCCAAACUGCUCAUCACCUUGUCCAUGCUGAGGGCCAUCAGCCCCCCUGUGGUCACACAGCUCUUCUUCAAGCCCGUCAUCGGAGCUGUCAACAUGGAGGAUGUCCUACUGGAGAUGUUCUACGGGAAGUAGAUGCUUUCCAUGGUCCCGUCCAGAAACAACCCCUAGAUAUGGCCUCCUAUAAGUUCUAGGCACUUCUCCUAGCCCCUACCCCCUAGAAACUUCACCUUGCCCCUAGCCCAGGGUUUCCCAAAGUCGGUCCUUGGGGCCCCAAGGGGUGCACGUUUUGGUUUUUGCGCUAGCACUACA